AUGAUGACUAAUCCACCCGAUUGUGAGUACAGCAACUGUUUAUAUACCGGUGACCGAUAUCUGCUUAAUAUUAGCGAUAUAGUGAUGUUUCACUGGAACGAAGUUAAUAUUAGUGACCUACCUGUUCGUACAUCAUCUACCAGUGCCCAGAAAUGGGUACUAUUCAAUUUGGAGUCACCCAUCUAUUCAAAUAGAAAGUACAUUAAAAAAUUUCAAAAAAUAAUGGAUUGGGUUAUGACUUAUAGACGUGACGCUGAUAUCUUUGCACCGUAUGGUUGGAUAACUCGUUGUCCGCGAGAAAGUUGGUCAACAAAAUACAACAUCAACAACAAGACUAAAGACUGUGCUUGGAUUGUAUCCGACUGUAAAAGUGGUUCUAAACGGGAACAGUAUGUUCGGGAACUUCAGAAGCAUAUUGGUGUCGAUGUGUACGGCGGGUGCGGUCGCAAGUGUCCACGUGAUGGCACAUGUAUUGCCGAUAUUGAGCGAAACUACAAGUUUUAUUUGUCGUUUGAGAACUCGAUAUGCAGGGAUUAUGUGACAGAAAAACUGUUUUAUUACAUACAAUAUGAUAUAAUUCCCGUACUCAUGGGUUGGGCCAACUAUACAGCACUGAUGCCUCAACACUCGUAUAUCAAUGUGUUUGACUACCCGUCGCCUAAACAUUUGGCCAGUUAUCUCAAASGUGUGUCCAGUGAUCAACAAUUAUAUGACUCAUAUUUUAGAUGGAAAGACCAAUAUUGUGUAGAAACUAAUGCCGGACAAAAACACCGCAAACUGUAG